AUGCCCUCGAAGAAGUUUCCCACUCGGCAUCUCCACACUCUGAAGACACAUAAUGGGCCGGUCAACGCCGUGACCUUCUCAAGCUACCCGGGCACCUACGUCCUGACAGGCUCCUCAGACCGCGCCAUCCAUCUCUCGCGCGCAGUACCGAGCAAUGCCGAAAAUUCUGCGACAGCCGUCGAAACUACAUCCCCAAUCCAGCGGUACGAAGCCCAUGGCUAUUCAGUCCUCGACGUAGCCGUCGCCGCAGACAAUGCGCGCUUUGCCAGCGUAGGAGGUGACCGCCAGGUCUUUCUGUGGGAUGUUGAGCAGGGCACGACAACUAGACGAUGGAGCGGGCAUAAUAGCAGGGUGGAAGCGGUCCAAUUCGCCGGAGAUGGUGAUUCCCUUGUUGUUUCUGGUAGUGCAGAUACCACAAUCAACUUGUGGGACACCAGAUCCAAUGCCUACAAGCCUAUUCAGACCCUCACUGAAGCAAGCGAUACCGUUUCGUGUUUGCAUGUUCAUGGGCCUACGUACUCUAUCGCUAGUGGUAGCUAUGAUGGACAUGUGCGCGUCUACGAUGUGCGGACGGGCAAGACGACGAUUGAUGUCCUGGCUCAUCCGGUAACGAGUAUUCGUUGCUCGGCGGAUGGCAAUGCGCUGCUUGCUUCCACCUUGGAUAGCUAUAUUCGGAUGCUCGAUCGAGCGGACGGAAAGCUCCUUGCUGCUUUCGGAGGCCCCGUCAAAAAUGGUGAGCAGCAGGCUCAGUCUUUCCUUAGCACUAGGCCUAAGCAUGUCUAUCGGAACCAGGAGCUGCGGGUUCGCUCUGUCUUUGCGCAGAGUGAUGCCGUAGUUUUGAGCGGCAGUGAAGCUGCAAAGGAAGAUGGGGCUGCGCUUGGCGCUGCUGUCUUUGCGUGGGACGUUCUCAGUGGAGAGAAUGUUGCAACUGUGCCGAUGGGAGAGAAGGUUAAGGCUGUGAGCUGUGUGGCUUGGAAUGACCAGGGAUACUGGGCAGCUGGAUGCUCAGAUGGUACCGUCCGAGUCCUUGGAUGA